CAAUUUCAUGCUUUGGAAGAUCUCUGAGCUCUGUGAGGGGAUUCUUGAACAAUUGAAAGUGCUAUAAUUUCAUCCACAGCCCUAUGGACGCAGGUGAUGCCAGAACUAGUUUGGCCAAGUCUGGAUGGUGGAAGGCAAUCACAAACUUGAAGAUGAAAACAGACCCCAGAUGCAAGGAGAUGAGACAGUUAGAUUUACUUCCUCUUUUCUAAUUUGAGAGGUUUCAUGUUGAAGAAAAUCAGUGUUGGGUUUGUAGGAGACAUAAACAGAAUCGCCAUGAAGCUGGGCUGUGUCCUCAUGGCCUGGGCCUUCUACCUUUUGCCUGCUAUGUUCUGGGCAGACCAGAUGCUAAUGGCUGCUGGAUGUCCUGCUGCUGCCAGUUUCAAGACUCUGCGGUGUGAAGGACCUGUCAGUACUGAGGAGAGCAGCUGCCACAGGGAAGAUGACUUGACUGGCCCAAGGGAAGCUGGUUUCCAGGUCAAGGGCUACACUUUCAGUGAACCCUUCCAUCUGAUUGUGUCCUAUGACUGGCUGAUCCUCCAAGGUCCAGCCAAACCAAUAUUCGAAGGAGACCCACUGGUUCUGCACUGCCGGGCCUGGCAAGAUUGGCCACUGACUCAGGUCACCUUCUACCGAGAUGGCUCAGCCCUGCGUCCUCCUGGGCCUAGCAGGGAAUUCUCCAUCGCUAUGGUUCAAGAGGCAGACAGCGGGCACUAUCACUGCAGUGGCAUCUUCAAGAGCCCUGGUCCUGGGAGCCCAGAAACAGCAUCUGCCAUGGCUAUCACAGUUCAAGAACUGUUUCCAGUCCCGGUUCUCAGAGCUGCACCUUCAGCUGAGCCCCAAGAGGGAAACCCAGUGACCCUGAGCUGUCAGACAAAGCUGCCUCUGCAGAGGUUAGCCACCCGCCUCCUCUUUACCUUCUACAAGGAUGGACAGACAGUGCGAAGCAGGAGUCUAUCCUCAGAAUUCCAGGUUCUCACAGCUUCAGAGGAACACUCUGGGUCAUACUGGUGUGAAGCAGCCACUGAGGACAACCAAGUUUGGAAACAGAGCCCCCAGCUGGAGAUCAGGGUGCAGGGUCCCUUCAGCUCUACUGCGUCUCCUACCUUGAAUCCAGCUCCUCAGAAAUCAGCUGCUCCAGGAACUACUUCCACGAAUCCCCCUAAGCCUUUGCCUCCACUGUCCACCCCUUCUUCUGAGGAUCCAGGCUUCUCUUCUCCUCUGGGGGUGACAGACCUCCAUUUGCAUUACCAGAUGGGCAUUCUUCUGAAACACAUGCAGGAUGUGAGAGUUCUCCUUGGUCACCUGGUCAUGGAGCUCAGGGAAUUGUCUGGCCGUGGGAAGCCUGGGUCCACAAAGGCUCCUGCCCAACAGAAGUAAACAACUCACCUAUGAUAUUGCUCAACCACCCCAAUGAAUCC